UGUAUGGAUUUGACGCCAUUUUGUUAGUUAAACGGAAGAGUCGGUACUCGUAGAUUUGUGUCGUCAAUAAAUUGUUGAAAGCUUCUCCAAUUUCUGUAAAAAUUGUUAAUUUGCGCAUUAUUUCAUUUUUUUAUACGUUCUAUUCUCAGUUUACGUAUUUUUGUCUGCGUUGAUGAUUGGGAUUCCACGUGAAGACCGGCAUAAAAUUACGGUUAAGAUUCACAACACCAUGAAGCGAAGCUCCAGUCGUGAUACUCCGCCUCGCGUCAAAAGAAGUAGAUCAUCUAUGGGACGAUAUGACGAAUCUAGUGAUGAACGGAUUACUCCAGACCGAAUUCGCAGGCGUAGUAGAGGAGCUCGAAGUCCUAGUCCACCACCCCGAGCAUCAUCCCAUGCUCGUUUUGUUGAAUCUGGCUCGCACCGAGAUGAAUAUUUGAAAGCAGCAACUCGAGAGAUUCCUCCAGAGCGACCAUACAGUUAUAAGGUUCUUUGUAUUAGUUCAAUACAUCCAAAAGCCAGUGAUGAAUUAAUUAAAGACACGAUUUUUCGAGAAUUUAAAAAGUUUGGAGACUUUUCUAUUAGAGUUACACACGAUUUAGAUGAUCGAGUGGCUUUCGUUUACUUCCGAAGUUCUGAAGAUGCACGCGAUGCUAAGCAUGCUAAACCAAGAAUAAUAAUUUUUGAUAGAGUGGCUAUUGUAGAACCAGUUUAUGAACGACCAGAAACUUAUAGACGACCAAGAUCUAUUACUCCUCCUGAAUAUGAUCGAUAUUAUGCUCGAUCACCUGGACCAGAGCGUCAUAGAAUUCCUGAACGUUAUGAAAGAGUUUAUGUUCCACCUGUUGGAAUUCCUCCACAUCGUGAAAUGAGACGUGAAGCUAUUCCUCCACCGCAUCAUGAUUUUGUUCGACCUCCAAUGCAUCAUGGUCCACAUCAUGUACAUCAUCCUGGACCUCCACAUCACUAUGGUCCACCUAGACACAUGAUGAUUCGUCAUCCAGUUCAUGGAUUUGAACGCGUUGAAAACAAAAAAGACAAAUUUCCGAAUUAUUUACAUCAUGUUUCACCUGAAGAUGACCCAUUGGCUACUCGAACUCUUUUCGCAGGAAACCUAGAAAUUAAUAUUACUGAAGAAGAACUACGACGUAUUUUUAGUAAAUAUGGAAUUGUUGACGACAUUGACAUUAAACGACCACCACCAGGAACGGGUAAUGCAUAUGCUUUUGUUCGUUUUCAAACUCUUGACAUGGCUCAUCGAUGCAAAGUCGAACUUUCCGGCCAAUAUAUUGGAAAAUUUCAAUGUAAAAUUGGUUACGGCAAAGCUACUCCAACCACUCGUAUAUGGGUUGGAGGUUUAGGACCUUGGACUUCAGUUCCUCAACUUGAAAGGGAAUUUGAUAGAUUUGGAGCAAUUAAAAAAAUUGAUUAUAUUAAAGGAGACAGCAAUGGAUACAUUCUCUAUGAUUCUAUUGAUGCAGCACAAGCAGCAGUAAAAGAAAUGCGCGGAUUUCCAUUAGGAGGAGCUGAUAGAAGACUGAGAGUUGAUUUUGCUGAUGUAACACCAGGUUUUGGAUUCAAACCAAGACCUUAUCCUGAAGAAGGACCAGAAUUUAGACAAAGACCACCAAUAGACUAUGAACCUCCUUAUGAUACAUACGGAGGUGAUGGAGAAUUCAGUUAUGGACCUCGAAGCUAUCGUGGAAGAGGAAGUGCGGCUCAUUGGCAUGAGCGUAGAGGUGGUGGUCGUGGAGGCAACACUAGUGGAUAUCGAGGAGCUUAUCCAGAAGGUUACAUGCGUGAUGAAAGUGACUGGCCUACCAGAAGACCACCUCCAGAGAUUGAAUAUGAAGCUCCAAGAAAUUUGAGAAGAUCGAUUUCUCGAGAACCUGGUGUUGAUCGUUCAAGAUCACGUUCUCCUCGUAGAAGACCAUUAGAUUCUGAUUCAGACUCUGAAACUGCACGAACUGGAAUGCUAUCGACUUCUCGAACUUUCAGUGAAGUUGCUAGAAAAUCAAUUGCUGUUUGGCAAGGGGCUUUAAUUUUAAAGAAUUCACUUUUCCCCGCUAAAUUUCAUCUUACUGAUGGAGAUACUGAAAUUAUUGAAGCUUUAAUGAAAGACGAAGAAGGAAAACACAUGCUAAGAAUUACACAAAGAUUACGUUUAGAUCAACCGAAACUUGACGAUGUUUCUAAACGAAUUCAAACAUCUAGCUCCCAUGCUAUUUUCUUGGGUCUUGCUGGAUCGAGUACUGCUGUAACUAAUGAAGAUGCUAAUGUACAAACACGUCCAUUGAGAAAUCUUGUAUCAUAUUUGAAACAAAAGGAAGCUGCGGGUGUUAUUUCAUUACUAAAUAAGGACACUGAAGGCACAGGAGUACUAUAUGCUUUUCCACCUUGCGCUUUCUCUACAGAAUUACUCAAAAGAACAUGCCCUAAUCUUAGCGAUGAAGGACUUAAAGAAGACCACUUGGUUAUUGUUGUUGUCAAAGGUGGAAGUGCCUAGACAAUUACAUUUUACUCUUACUCAAAAAUACAUUGAGGAAUAUUACUGGCAAAUUAAGCAUAAUCGCAAUAAGCUGGGUAAAGUAAAUCGUUCAAUUGAUUAUUUCCAUCAAUAACUGUUUAUUGAACCAGAAAUUAAUUAUAUUCUUUUAUUCUUUAUUAAGUUUUAAUGUAGGUAAUUUCAGUUUUCAGUUCCAGUAAUGAGACAAGAUAAAAUUAAAUAAAUGAAAACUAUAAUUUUUUGUAUCAUAAUGAAGUUACAGAUAAAAAUAGGACUUGAUAAUUUUUGUGAUGUAAAAAAGUGAUUGUUCGUGUAAUUGUCGAUAUUUCAAAGGGAUUGGGAUGGGAUUCGUUCACUUUUUUUCUCAGAAUAUUUUUAUUUAAAAUUUUUCUAUAAAUUAAGUAUUUGAUUAAAUAAUCAAUUAUAUUCCAAAACAAAAGUUAAAUAUAAAAGUGAGGCAAUUGAUGAGAAAAAAUUUAGAAACGAAGAUUCCAAUACCCUAUGAACUUCGAUAAGAUGAGGUGCAGUGGAUCAAGUGUAUCAUGAGUGUUUGAAUAUACAAAUUAAGAAAAAUAGAUGCCGCUAUGCAGAUACAAAAA